GAGUCGCUUGGGCAAGGGCGGGCACCUCUGGAACCGGUUUCUGCUUCUGUUGCCGCCGCCGCCACCGCAGCAGGCAUUCUGGCCUGGGGGAGUGAGGCAGGCGGGGCUGAGCUGCAUCUGCGGAGGAGGGAGCUCCUCUCGCCCUCUGGCCCCCGGUGCCCGGAUGCCUCAGCGUGGUGCUGCUACCUCGGGCUGCCAGGGGUGGGAGCGGAGUCCCGUCGCCGCCUGCCGGGUGGCCCUUUGAGAGCACGGCCCCUCCCCUCUUCCAGGCAGUGCAGCUGCCUUCCUGCCCCACCGCCCUCUCCGCCUCCCCCUGCUCUGGGGAAGGGACUCUGUGGGGUCGAGUGCUGGGGAAACCUUUGAUUGAUUUAUUGUAGGGCAUUUCUAAUCUUCCAUCUGAGAUUGUACAGUAAAGCUCUGGCCUGUUUGGUCUUUGCACCAGCAUGAUGCUUGCAAGGAGCUGUUGGCAGAUUGUUUUCAUUGACUUUCCCAUUUGGGUUGGAAAAUUGGGUUUUUUAAAAAAAUUGCAGUACAUGCAAAAGAAAUUUCCAGCAUGGGAUUGUGCCGGCUUGAUUUCAGUAGGUGCUUCUCUCUGUGGAGGCCCACGUCUUUUAUUAACUUCUGCUGCCACGUGGUUGGCACAAUUAGCGCUUUCCCGUUGCUUCUUGGCAUUUAAUCUUUCUCCGAACCCCAGCCUCAAGGUACAGCCUGGGAGUAACCACGUUUUGGAACUGUGACAAGUGAAAGCCAGUCUGCAGUUGCUUUGCUGCAUGGGAAAGACAACCCUGAUUCGCUGCCUUUGCUGCCCCGUGAUUGUGUGCUUUCCCAUCCACCUCACUUAGUCUUGGGCCCUUCUUCCGAGAGUGUUGGCCAGGCCCCGUCUCUUACCUUGCCUUCACUACAGUUCCCUGGGGCCAGAGGGAUCUGAUCCUUGCCCAGAGUAAAGGGGGACACUUACCACUGUGUUGGGACUGAACCCCAAUCCAGCCCUAGAUGUUGCCCUACUCUAAAUCUCCAUCAGCUGCUCUGCCUUUCUCUAUUCUGCCCCCCAGACACGCCCAGUUUCCAUCCUCCAGGCAGGCUGGCAUUCUACCAGGAAAGAGCCACAGAGGAAGGUGGAAUUCCUGAUUGAGUUUCCUGUUUCCAGAGCAGCCUCCCAUCCUUGCAAGGUUCGUUGAAGCUCCUUUCUGCUCUGGAGGAUUUGAGGAAUGAAGCCCCAGGUAGCAUACCAGAAGCUCAAGGCACCAGAGAACCCUCAAGAGCUACUACCCCUGGCUGAGCAGCCCGGCCAGACUCCAGACCAGUUCCAUGACUCUGCCCGAAGAAGGUCCUGCCACAGUGUCACAGGUUUACGUCCGGGAGAGCUAUCCAGCCCAUCUACGUCCAUCCUGCCUUGGGAUUUCCAAUGCAUCCUGGUGACAGCCAUCUUGUCCACAGUGCUGGUAGUGGCCCUGGUGGUCCACUCCUUCCUCCUUCCCUUGCGCAGUUCGACCACAGUAGGGAAUGUGGCAUCAGUCCCACUUGUGGAUAAUACGUGCAGUGACCCAUGCAGGAGUGUGCUGGUAGAGAGCAUCCCUGAGGGACUGACAUACGAUGACAACAGCACAGUCGGCCCUUCCACUUUUGAAACUUGGCAGAGGCUUCUGAGGAAUGCAAGAAGCUCAGUGGACAUUGCUUCUUUCUACUGGACUCUAAGCAACAAGGAUACCCAUACCCAUGAUCCUUCAGCCAGCCAGGGGGAAGAAAUACUAGCAGAACUGCUGCACGCUCCCAGUCGAGGGAUUGCGGUACGGAUAGCAGUCAACCCCCCUUCCUCCCGGCUGCCCAGUGCCGACCUUCAGGUCCUUGAGAAGAGUGGGGCCCAGAUCCGCCAAGUUGAUUUGCCAAGGCUGACUCAGGGGGUCCUGCACACAAAGUUCUGGAUUGUGGACCAGCUACACAUUUAUCUUGGGAGUGCAAAUAUGGACUGGCGCGCCCUUACACAGGUGAAGGAGCUUGGCGUGGCUGUGUACAACUGCAGCUGUCUGGCCCAGGACUUGGGGAAGAUGUUUGAGGUGUACUGGACGCUAGGGCUGCCGAACACCACCAUCCCAUCACCCUGGCCAGCCAAUUACUCCACCACCUACAACAAGAACACGCCCCUGGAGCUGAAGCUGAAUGGGACGGAGGCUGGCGUGUACUUUUCGAGUGCUCCCCCAGCCCUGUGUGCCACCGGGCGGACGGAAGACCUCCAGUCCCUGCUGAGUGUCAUUGAAGGGGCCCAGGAGUUUGUCUACAUCGCUGUGAUGAGUUACUUGCCCACCAUGGAGUUCUCCCACCCCAGGAGGUUCUGGCCAGCCAUCGACGACCACCUCCGGAAAGUGGCCUACGAGAAGAGAGUCCGUGUCCGCCUCCUGGUUGGCUGCUGGAGACACUCCAAGCCAAGCAUGUUCCCCUUCCUGCGCUCCUUGGCUGCCCUGCAGGACAACCACACCCACUACAGCUUGCAAGUGAGGCUCUUCGUGGUCCCCGCAAAUGAGACGCAAGCCAAGAUCCCCUACGCCAGGGUGAACCACAGCAAGUUCAUGGUGACAGACAAGGUGGCUUACAUUGGUAAGUAA